CCCCCCUCCAGUGGAUACCCCUAAUCCUGCCUCACCCCUUUUCAUCCCUGCCACAUCCCCGUGCUUAGACCACUCACUCUCUUUAGCCCUCGGCUCCAGCCUCCACCUCGCCCCGUAUCAACCGAGCUAAGAAAACCAAACAACAAUGUCCACCAGCGAGCGUUUCGACUGCCAUUACUGCAAAGACUCCCUGCUGGGGAAGAAGUACAUAAUGAAAGAGGACACGCAGUACUGCACUAAGUGCUAUGAGAACUUGUUCGCUAACUGCUGUGAGGGCUGCUCUUUGGCAAUUGGCUGUGACUGCAAGGAUAUGUCCUACAAGGAUCGCCACUGGCACGAGCAGUGUUUCAAGUGUGCAAAGUGCAGCCGCUCUCUGGUGGAAAAGGCCUUUGCCGCCAAAGAUGAUUUGUUGCUCUGCACUGAAUGCUAUGCCAACGAUUAUUCCUCCAAGUGCACCACCUGCAAGAAAACCGUCAUGCCAGGAUCCCGUAAAAUGGAAUACAAGGGGAACAGCUGGCAUGAGACCUGCUUCCUGUGCCACCGCUGCCAGCAGCCAAUAGGAACCAAGUCCUUCAUCCCAAAAGACAACGGCUACUUCUGUGUGGCCUGCUUCGAGAAGCAGUUUGCCUACCAGUGCUGCGCUUGUAAGAAGUCCAUCACAACAGGUGGAGUGACCUACCAAGACAAACCCUGGCACCGUGAGUGUUUCCUAUGCAUCAGCUGCAAAAAGCAGCUGCCGGGUCAACGCUUCACCUCCAGGGAGAACUACCCCUACUGCCUCGAGUGCUUCAGCAACCUCUAUGCAAAGAAGUGUGUGGGCUGCACCAAGCCCAUCACCAGUCUGGCAGGAGCCAAGUACAUCUCUUUUGAGGAGCGCCAGUGGCACAGCGAGUGUUUCACCUGCCUUCAGUGCUCCGUGUCGCUGGUGGGACGCGGUUUCCUCACCCAGCGCGACAACAUCUUGUGCACUGACUGCGGCAGGGAGAAGUGACCUUUCCAUGAAGGGGUCACAGCUUCAUCCCACUCACGACGACUGUUCUGACACAGAUAUUGUGUAUCCAUGAAUAUUCUUCCUUCGCAUGCCCGGGUACAUAAACAAACUCUAAAUGUCAAUCGUGUUAUAAAUGACCAUUAGUUCUCUCACAUUGCCCACACACACAAUAACUGUGAUCUUUGUCUGUUGAAAUUAAAAGUUCAUGUUUUUUUCCUCACAUACCUUUUUAUUUUUGACAAGGAUACAUUUAGGUUGCAUAGAUAUUAGAGAUGACGGAGACGGGUCAAUUAAUAAGUUGAUUGAGAGAAAAUGGAUUUAUUCUGAUUAUGGAUUAAUGGUUUCAGUCAUUUAUCAAGCAAGAAUCUCAAAUAUUAAGUGAUUAUGACAUGUCUUAUAUGACAGCAAACUUAAUAUCUUCUGAUUGUGGACUUUUGGUCGUAAAAAACAUUUUGAAGACGUUUCUUUGGACUUUUUAAUUGUUAUUUCUUUUUUUCCCGCUAUUUCUGAUUUAAUAUCAACAAAAUAAUUUGAUUCAUGAUGAAAUAAUCGUUAGUUGCAGCCCUACUAACUACAGGUCUUGACUUUUAUUACACAUAUAUUUCUACCGUUUGCUCACUGGUUAUGAUUGCCUAGAUAAAUAUAUUCACAAUGCGGAAACAAAAAAAUAUGCAUGAUUUAUGCUUCUCUCAUUUAAAAUACUUAAAGGUUGUUCCAAUAAAGACCUUUCUAUGUUCA